AUGGAUCAAGUCUUUGCCAAAAUCGACGAGAAUGCCACCAAGUUUGAACUGGGUGAUGAGGAGACAUGGCGCAAAAUAUAUGAUCCUUUCUACGAAGCUCCGUCGCCAAACGUUGGAAAGAUUCUCGAUGAGCGAUAUGGGCCUGCAGACAGAAACUUGCUUGACGUUUAUUUCCCUCUUGACAGCAAGCAGUGCUAUGCCAACAUUGGCAACUUCUUCGCUCGACACGGCAUUAUCACAGUCAUAGCCAACCAUCGACUAGUUCCCCAUGUGACAUACCCCGGCGGCGCAGAUGAUAUACAGUUGACUCGAGAAUGGAUUUAUCAGAAUAUCUCCUCUGAAAAGUAUGGCUCUGGAUCAGUCGACAAGGUCAUCCUGUUUGGCCAUUCCUCGGGUGCCGCACACAUAGCGACAAAUCUUUAUGCAGCAGGCGAUCCGCAAAGGCGGCCAGAAAAGGCCCUUUUCCCACCUGUCGCUGGUGUGAUGUACUUCAGUCCUCCUUUCUGGUUCGACAACAGAAGACCCAUUCGGAGAAGAACGCUAGAGCAAUACUUUGGAUCACACGCUGAGGAUGUAUGGGGACCUAUCUGCCCUCUCGGCCUCUUCAAACGUCUGCCAGACGAUUCACCAUUGUUGGACGCCGAUUUGGUUCCGGUAUACAUCGGAACUGUGAAAUAUGAAGUAAAAGAAGCCACCGAUGCUGCCAUCGCAUUUUUCAAUGAAUAUCGAGCCCGAAGCCGACCGCAUGGGACACUGCCUAAUUUCCAUGUCCUAGACAAACAUAACCACCUGAGUAACAUCCUCUCCAUUGGAACGGAUGACACGUCGCAAGCCAAAAUGAUUCUCGAUUUCGUUUCUUCCUGCGUGGCCAAAGUCGAUCAAAGGGGAUAA